AGUAAUUGGUUGAGUGGAGGAAGUGAGAUGUGUUAUUUGUGUGAGUUAGAGAUGUCACCUCAUGGGCAGACAACCGGGCAGACAACCAGGACAACUUGGUGGAAGGAGGCCGUUCUGGGCAGAGCAUGCAUCAGUCAUUCCUUUCCCCACUUUCUUUAAUAUUUGGAAAUAAAAAACACGCUCAGUGAUUUCUCAGAGAAUAAUUCACGCCUCUAGAUGAAAACAUCAGGAAUGUUCCGUAUUUCAAAAACCUCUUGUGUUUACUGGAGAUACACCCGCUCUCAAACUCAUGGGGCAUCCUGCGCUGACUGUCUUCAUAGAAUCUAAUAUUCACAGUGCACUUCCUGUCUUCUUCUGUCAUAAUGCAUCUGACCACAGUCCAGCAUUGUAGUUCUUCAGAAAGCAUCUGAAUCAUUGCCAGUAGCUUGAUAUUUGUUUGCUCAUAUGUUUCCAGGACCAAACUCAGCAACUCUCAGCUCAGUUUGUUGUUAUUUUGCACGUUUCCUACAUAACGGACGAUCCAAAUCCCAAAGCCCACAGUUCUGCUUCAUGUUGUAAAGAUCUAAUCCAUCAAACAACAGGACAGUAUGGCCACCACUGUUGCUGUCAGUCCCAGUGAAUACCUCCAGCCCUCCACCGCUUCCACACAAGACACCCAGCCCUCUCCUCUGGCCCUCCUGGCUGCAACCUGUAGUAAAAUCGGCCCUCCUGCUGCCCAGGCUCCCGUCACAUCUCCUCCAUCGCAGCCGCAGCCUCGCAGGCUCCUCCCUAUAAAGCCGGCUCCGAUCGCCCCGGCGCCGCCCAAGAACCUGGGGUUCCUCUCCACCAAGGGCAAUGUUAUCCAGCUGCCGGCCGGCCUGGGCUCCACGGCCCCCGGGAGCCCCAUCGUCCUCACCAUCCAGCAGAGCCCGGCUCGCAGCAACACCUCGGCCCCCGGCAACAUCCAGUACCAGGUGAUGCCGCAGAUGCAGGGACCCCAGACUAUUCAGAUGAUGCCGCAGGGGGGUCAGUUCCAGCUCAUACCCGGCACCAACCAGGCCAUCCUCACCACUCCAAUGACCGUACCGGCCCCCGCGGCGGCCACCGCUCCGGUCACGCCGCAGAAGACUGUCGCCAUCAAGCCGUGUCCUAAGUCGCGGAGGCCGAACAGCUCGGCGGCUCACAUGGUGCAGCUGCCCGGGGGGCUCACGCUGCCGCUCAACGUGGCCACGGGAGAGGUGGGUGGGACUCAGAUCAUCACAGAGACGGCCACUCUCACUCCUGGGAAGGGACGACGGGGGAGGAGGAAGAAAGUGGUUCUGGCUUCACAAACUCCACUGUCUCAUCCUGCACAGGCCGCCUCCCCCCCCCCGGAGCAGAUGGAGACCAUCCUGAUCGAAGCUGGCGACAACAUCAUACAGGCUGGCAACAACCUCCUGAUCGUGCAGAGUCCCGGGCAGCCGGCCAUGGUGCAGCAGGUGCAGCUGGUGCAGCCCAAACAGGAUUCUCAAAUGGUUCAGAUCCCGCAGCAGGCACUGAAGGUGGUGCAGGCCGCCUCCGCCACUCUGCCGCCCGUCCCCCAGAGACAGCCGGCCCCCACCAACCUGCAGGUCUCUCCCACAGAUCCGUCGCCAACACAGAUCUUCUUCAAAACAGCGUCGGGUGAUUGGCAGUCAGUUCUGCUCCAGGACUCGGUCUCCACCACAACAGCCCCCCCCACCACGUCUGUCGCCACCGCUACGACUUCGCCGCCGGCCGGCACCAAAAGGACGCUGGCGGGGGGGCGGAAGGAAAGGACUCUGGCAAAAAUUGCCCCGGCGGGGGGGAUGAUGGCGCUGAACCCGACGCAGCUCCCCUCGGCUGCGCAGGCGGUGCAGACGAUCAGCAUCAACGGGGUCCAAGUGCAGGGAGUUCCUGUCACCAUCACCAACGCUGGGGGCCAGCAGCACCUCACCAUGCAGGCCAUGCAGGGGGGGGGGCUCCAGCUGGCGGCGCAGGGCCAGGCCGCCAUGCAGGUGGACCAGACCCUCACUCUGGAGCUGCCCGGUCAGCCAGGGGAGAAGAAGCGACGCAUGGCGUGCACCUGCCCCAACUGUAAAGACGCAGACAAGAGGCCCGGGGAGGUCGGGAAGAGGAAGCACAUCUGCCACGUCCCCGGCUGCGAGAAGACGUUCAGGAAGACGUCUCUGCUCCGAGCUCACGUCCGGCUGCACACCGGAGAGAGACCCUUCGCCUGCAACUGGGUGUUCUGCGGGAAACGCUUCACGCGCAGUGACGAGCUGCAGCGGCACGCCAGGACGCACACAGGAGACAAGCGCUUUGAGUGCAGCCAGUGUCAGAAACGCUUCAUGAGGAGCGACCACCUGACGAAGCAUUACAAGACGCACAUAAACACCAAGAACCUGUGAGCGCACCGUGCACUCGGCGUGUUCACACACAAACUCAAGACUGUUAGUGGAGCUGCAGAGGGGACGAGACGAGGGGAGACUGAGACUUAUCCCAUAAUGGGAAAUACUCCAAAAACCAGUCCCUGUAUCUCCGCUCAUUCCUCGAGGACGCUGUGUAGUGUGGUGUACAGAGAGAUCCCUUCUGAUGGACUUCAAACUGACCCAGCACAUUUAAUAAUAGAAGAUUAUUUUUGUUUGUUUUAUUUUUCCCUCUGGUCCGAGCGGAGUCCAGAGCCAGCGACGACUGAACGUGUGAAGUGACUCGAAGAGGAGUCUCCAGACGCAGAUGCACCACUCUGCCUGCUUAUUUAUGAACUUCUUUGGUAGAAGAAUAAUUCAGACUCCCACUCCCGAGACCACAGGACUCACGGCUUCACCGAGAGUUUCCACCGCUUCACUUUGAGUUUUUUCUUCCCCUACAAAUCAUUCUCCACUUUUUGUUUUUUUUCGUGGAACAUCGGGAACUCUGACAAAUUGUCUGUGAAGAAGCAAAAAAAAAGAGAAUUUGACGCAGUGUUUUAUAAAUUUACCAAAAAAUAUCUUUUACCUGGAAAUAAUCUAUUUGUGUUUUAGCAGAAGUUUUUUUUGCUGAUUUACCCAAAAAAAGUUGGGGACCACAAGACUUUUUCAGUUUACAUUGGCUAUUUUUAAAGUGUGUAUAUGCGUAUUAUUAUACAUAAUAUUAAUAAUGAUAAUAAACUAUUUAUAUAUUUUUUUCAUACAGUCGUUACAAAUUGAUUUGGAAUAGGAUUGACAUAAAAUCAAAAGAGACUAAAUGAGAAAGUUUAGAACGAGAUGUUAAAAAACAAUAAGAAAGAAAGAGAAGUUCGAGACUCAGUCGAGAAGAAACGAGUUCGGAAUGAUUUCGGACUCUGGAACAGUUUCACCGUUCGGGGCCAGACGUCACUGUGCCUUAAAAGUUAGCAUUAAUGUUUUUAAAUCAUUUUUCAAACAUACCACAAACCAAGAGAUUCUGGACUUGGAUUAGUUUGGUGAUGACUUGGUGAAGAGCAAAGUUCUGAAUGUGACAAGAAGAGGGAACAAAUGUGAAGUCUGCAAAUGUUACAGACGGCGACUGGACCCAGAUGGUUAAAGAAAACGUAGAAAUGUGGAUUGUCCUGCAAUCACCUGUGGAAAAUACCGUCUGGUUGCUGAAGUUUCCGUGGCAGCGUCGUGGAGAAAGUUUCAACUUUGAAUAUACAGAAAGUAUUUUAGGCUUUUGUACAGGCUUGAGUUUUAAUUGGAUUAUAACAGGACCGGAUCCUUGCAGUGUGUCACAACCAGGUUGAGAUGAAAGGUCUCAGGUGAAGGAUCGUAUUAAACGUGAAGGUGUUUACAGGACAGAUUAAUAACCGGUGAGAGUGAACGGUUCCAGGUUGAAUUCUGUUUAAUAGAUUUAACACACGUGGCAACUGUACUAACAACCUGUCACGUAUGAAACUAUAGCAUGUGUACUACCUAAAGUUCUCUACGUUCAGAGAAACGCUGCAACAAUAUUCAACUCUCAGUGCAACGUCUUCAUUUCCUGUGUAAUCGAGGGCGACAGGCUCUGGGUGCGUUAAGCUGAAUUCAGUGAGAUGUUAUUGACACGCUCUCUUCCCUCUGAAACCCAGCUGCUACCCGACGGGUACGCUUCCGUCUCGGGCUGGGCAUCCAACUUCAAUAUGUCUUGGUACCAAAUGUUCCACCGGAUUCACCAAAUAGUUAUUGAUUCAAAUACAACUUUCACAUGUUUAAUCGAAGUUCACCAACGGCUGCUUCUGUGAGGACGAACCAACGUACACCCGAUUCUUUAAUUAACCGAUAAAGUGUUUCAGUAUUUUGUAUAUUUUUUAAAAACAUGUUUAUACUCCUAAAAAAACAAACAAAAAAAACAAAUUUGGUAGCUGAACCAAAUGAUUCCCAGUCCAACCGACUCCUCGAGUAAACACGAUUCCAGGGUAACUGCUCUUCUGCUUUAUCACAGUAUAGUUUUCAUUCGGUGAUUUGUAGCCUAUGCAUUGCUGAAAAUACGAUCAGAUUUCAAACUCUUUGCUCUAACUCGACAAUCAUGUCACAAGAUGCAAAAAAAACAACAAAACGCUUUCUCAGGCCUCAGCUUGUGUUUGAUUUUCUUUUCCAGCUAUGUGAUAGCUUUAAUUCUGACGUUUCCCUCUGAUGACCAGCAUUAGGCCGACUGUACAGUAUUCACAUGUCACUUAUCAUUUGCUUUAUAGCAAACAAACUGUUGCUGAUAUCGUUUUUUGAUAUAAUGAAGAUGUUCUCUAACAGGUCCUCAGUCAGUUUGACGCUCGCUUUUUUCUUUUUAUCCAACAAAUACAGUGAAUUAUUUUAUUAUAAGCUUUUUGGUCAAAUGAGCUCGGUGCCAUGACACAGUUGAGUUUUCACUGUGGCGUGUUUUAAUACUGUGACAUGCGUGUGCAGUGGAAGGUGCAGCCUCGCUGAACACGAUCCAACAACCACCUUCCUCUCUGCACACGACACAGAGGUUUGACCAAAAAGCUCAAAACAGGUCAGACAUGUUUUUAGUGCACUUUGAGUUUAGUACUUCACGGCGGCGGCAGACGGUUUAAAGCGUAGGUGGCCAAUAUUUGGUGUAUUUUUUUAAGAAUGUGUCCGGAGAAUAUGCGAUGCCAUUGGGACGGAUAGAAAGAGCCUGCUCAUAUUUAUGUUCACGUCUGACUAUGUAAAUACAGUGUGUGUCUGGGAGACACGGUAAAUGUAGGAUAUUAAAAAAUGCAAGUUAAGCUGCCCAGUGUUGAGGUUGGUGCGACCAGCCCUGAAGAAAACAGACUUUGUACAGCGUGCAAAGAAUAACAUAUAAUGUGACAUCGUUUAGCUUCAUUCCUGCUUUGUAUAAGACUUGUAGAUCUUCUUUUCUAUUGAAUUUAAGAUGCCUUAGAUAGCUACACCCAGUAUUUCAUGAUGUUUUCUGUCUAAUUCCAGGUAACAACAUUUGUAAAAUUCCUUCUGUUUUUAACUUAUGUUACAUGCUAAUGUCAUGUGCACUGAUCAAAAUCACAGGUUCCAAAAUUUGUCAAUUUAACCUCCGUUGUCAUUCAAACGUAAUGAGAUUUUUUUAAAAUUGAGACGUUUCUCUGAGAGCUUUUCUCCUUCUCCACACACGUGGUCACGAUGUGAUGCAGCCGGCGCUGCGGGUUCAUCAGGAGAAGCCAGAGAACCAGGAGUUUGUUUUAUAACUUGUAUAAAGUUGCUAAAACACGACGUUUGCUCCUUUUCUACUUCACCCCCUCAAUAAACAACUCAAACUGUU